UUUGCGGGCUGGGGCGGCUGGUCAUUACUGCUCCUGUGCUGGGUUGACAGCUCUGGCUGUUAGUGGACGGUGGUUCUCACUCACUGCCAGAGCCAGAAGUGCUCCGUGCUGAAACUCCUGGGCUCCUGCUGCGGUAGCACCCGCAACAAUUUUGUGAAAUUGGCAUUUUCCGCCUCGACGCCCAUCCCGGCCCUUCUCCUUUUCCCAACCCGAACCGUGAUCAUCCUCGCCGUCGUCCCUUUCCUCGACUCCGACGACGCUUGUUGAUUCUACACAAGCAUUCAUUCGAGAGUCCGCCUUUUUGGUGCCUGGAUACGCCCAAUCGUCUAUUAAUUCUAUUCUUGAUUGCCUGUUGAACGCUCUGUCGAAGGUCGGCGCUAGUUUUACCCGUGUUUCCAUACAAGUCGCGACUCCACACCAAUAUCAUGUCUUCUCCAGCCAAGAUGAUCCGCCGAAAGAAGAACGUCAAGAAGGGUAUCCAGUUCUGCCUGAUGGUCUGCGGCGCCUCGGGAACUGGCCGUACUACCUUUGUCAACACCCUCUGUGGCAAGCCCGUCCUUGGCCACAAGGAAUCGGAUGACCCGUCUACUGCGCACGUCGAGGAUGGCGUCAAGAUCAAGCCCGUCACCGUCGAGCUUGAGUUGGAUGAGGAGGGAACGCGCAUUUCUCUGACCAUCGUCGACACACCGGGCUUUGGCGACCAGAUUGACAAUGAGGCCAGCUUUGCCGAGAUCGUUGGGUACUUGGAGAGGCAAUACGAUGACAUUCUUGCGGAGGAGUCGCGUAUCAAGCGUAAUCCCCGUUUCAGAGACAACCGCAUCCACGCCAUGCUUUACUUCAUCACCCCGACCGGCCAUGGCCUCCGCGAGCUUGAUAUCGAGCUCAUGAAGCGCCUUGCCCCCAGGGUCAACGUCAUCCCCGUUAUUGGCCGGGCCGACUCGCUUACUCCCGCCGAACUCGCAGAGACGAAGAAGCUUGUGAUGGAGGAUAUCGAACACUACCGCAUUCCCGUUUACAACUUUCCUUACGAUAUUGAGGAGGACGAUGAGGACACAGUGGAGGAGAACGCCGAGCUCAGAGGUCUUAUGCCAUUCGCUAUUGUCGGAUCGGAAGACAUCAUCGAGAUCGGAGGUCGCCAGGUUCGCGCCCGCCAGUACCCUUGGGGUGUCGUCGAGGUUGACAACCCGCGUCACUCCGAUUUCCUGGCUAUCCGGUCCGCGCUUCUCCACAGCCACCUUGCUGACUUGAAGGAAAUCACCCACGAUUUCCUCUACGAAAACUACCGUACCGAGAAGCUCAGCAAGAGCGUCGAGGGUGGUGCUGGGGUCGACUCUUCGAUGAACCCUGAGGACCUUGCGUCACAGUCUGUUCGCCUCAAGGAGGAACAGCUGCGCCGUGAGGAGGAGAAGCUCCGCGAAAUCGAGGUCAAGGUUCAACGCGAAAUCAACGAGAAGCGCCAGGAGCUCCUGGCCCGCGAAUCCCAGCUCCGCGAGAUCGAGGCCCGGAUGCAGCGCGAGGCUGCCGCUGCCGCUGCCGCCCAACAAGGGACUCCUUCCAACCACUCGGAGCCCAAUGGCAACCCAGAGUAAACCCCAUGAUGGUAUCAGGUUAUCGAAGUUUCACGGCUGUCAUACCGAUAUGGCGAAACUUCGAAACUUUCUAGGCGACCUGAUCUUUCUGUGCAGGCGUUGGUUCUUCUGUUGUGUUUAGAGACAAAAUAUUCCCCCCCCGCUGCUUCUGCAAUUUCUUUUUUUUACCAAGACGAUACUAGCUCCAGCCCAAGGCCAUGAAUGUGACGAGAAACAGAGGACGAUGGAGCACGCCCGCAAUGGCAGUGACGAAGAGCGACUGGAAAAGGGGUGCGCGAUAGGCUGGCGGAAAGGGCACAGGGUUCACGCGGGAGUCAUCAAGGGAAGGCAUAGAUGGUGUCGGCUGGAUAUCAGGUUAGGUGACGAGGUCAAAAUUUGGUAGUUCUCUUUUUGGUUCCAGCCGACGCCAUAACCAGGGGGUGAGGCAACGGAAGCAUGGGCCCCGUAAUGCAGAGGAGGGAGGGUUCUUUGGGAGGUGGCCAGGCUGUUGUUCUUUCCGUCACGUCUGUCAGCAUCAGCUUGCUGGUUAUACCCUGAGUCGGCCACUUACUAUCUGACUCGCUUUAUUUUCCUUUUUUUCUACUAUUGGACUUCUAAUGCAGAUAUCACCUAAAUUAAGUUUUCAUCUCGACGAUUUGUACUUUCUUAACAACGCUGACUAUCCACCCCU